AUGUCUGCUAAUUUUUCAGAUAACUUCAUAAUCGCAUCUUUGCCACGUCAGGCCCUGCUGGCCGACAGCAGUGCCUCCAAGUUCUGCGUGGCCUCCCCUCUGGCAAACGAGGCCUACGGCAAGAUAGACCUAGCCAUAUCUGGAUCAUUUAUCGCAACAUAUAUACAGAGACCCACUCCAAGAAUGGUGUGGUCUGAGGCUAUUGCACCUCAGGCGAAGGUUACAUCUAUUGCAGUGUACAACAAAGAUUUUUCUGACGAACAAGUUAACUUCGCUGUGGGUAUAACCGAGAGGAAGAAAUCAUGUGUGAGGCUGAUAACAAGACGCAAAGCAAGCUCCGAAGACUUAGACUCAGCAUCUGGAGAUCAAAAGUCUUUUGUUAUACCGACUGAAAAACCUGCUGUGGAGCUGAGGUUCUCCAAGGACGGAGAAGUUGUUUUCUGUCUAUUUCAGGACUCUACUACUGCUGUCAUACCCUUUGGAACUGAUAUCAUGCCUGAGUUGGAAUACUCAGGAGAUCUGUUGAAACAAUCAUAUUUUCAUUCGUUUCUCGACGCACGUUUGGUGGGAGGUAUAAACAGCGAUACGAGCGCUGAGGGCUUCUUUCUGUAUGUUGGAAAAAAUAGCCGAGGCUCUUCCUUUGAUGUCAAGUUGUAUGCUCUGGUUGACAGAGAGUGCCUUGAGAUUCUGUCAACGGAUCUGCAAAUUGAAAUUGCGAAGCCGAAAUUCUUGUUCAAUGCUCCUGGCACGCUGAUAGCACUGGACGAGGAAGGGAAAACCAUGCAGACAUACACGUUUCCGUCUUUGAAGCCCAGGAAAUCUAUUGAUUUGAGGGGAAUUAUAGCCAAAAAUGGCGAAGUAUCUGUUGUUUCUGUCGCACCAAACAGAAUUGCAAUUUCCUCCGGAAGUUCUGUAUUUUUAGUUGAUGUCCUUCAUGAAGCCGUGAUGGCUUCUUACGAGAUGGUCUCGCCAGCCAAGGCAGAAUUCACUACUGUCGAACUCAUUGAAUCCGCCUUUGUCAAGGGAAACUCACAAAGCUCGAAAAAUACAUUUUUACUUGUGGUGGUGAAAAAUUCCAGAGAUAACACCGCUACCUUGCAGAACCUCAAGGUUGAUGUUGGACUGGGAAGACUCAGAGAUGUUUUGGGAAACAGUACUCUCAAGUUCAAUAGAGAGAGGUCGCUGAAGUCGCAGUUGAAUGGAAUUCCUCGAGUUAUGGAUGUCAUAAAAUCGAAUUCAUUUGAGUCAGAGGAAGCCGUCAACAAGAGCGAGCUUUUGGGCCUUUUGGAGUAUCUGAGCAAGACCUACAAAGAGGGCAAUUAUGAGUCAUUUGACUCGGCAUUUGUUUCUUUCAUGAAGGGAGAAUCUCUCGCAACUGUCUCUCAAAAUGGAAAUGCCAAAAAAGUGAAAAAAGUCAACAACUUCUCCAGGGUGUAUGAGAUUGAUCAUGACCGUGUUGUAGAUCAUACCUUUGUCCAUUUGGUGGUGGACAUGUUGCUCGGAUCCCCUACAAGCGAAGCCCUUGAAGCAGAGUCUGUUCCCAUUGAGUCUCUCACUUAUCUGUUAACCCAUCCCCUAUUUCCAACAGACUAUGCCAAGGUUGUGCUGAAAAAGCUGGCCGCAUAUCCAAUCCUCACCAGACAGGCGGUUGUCACAUGUCCGAACAUUCCAUGCAUUGAUCUCAUUCACGAGCUGAGUGUGAUCGACAACGACGACAUUUUCAAAGAUGUCUUGAUUAGGCUGGUAGAGGAGUUCUCCAGCGAUAGAAUCACUCAGGAAACCAUACGGCUUUCCAACACCGCAUCCGAAACUGGUGGGCCUUCGUUCGACCUGGACAAAAUCAUAAGAAAAAUCAUCAAGUUGAAUUUCGGCUUCGAAAUAUUGAACUCUUUUAUCGACUCGAAUGGUCUUAUUCUGAGUUUGCAGUAUUCUUCGGACGCUGACCGUUUGUCCAAGCUGCUAUCCAGAGUGGACAAGCAGGUUGACUCUUUGGUCUCUGACUCCCAGUUGUUGACCAUCGUGAAUAAGUGCAUACACGCAGUAUCAUUGGAGGCUAAGAAGUCCAGAAAGAAGAAGAAUGGCUUACCUGUUGAGGAGGAUAACAUUUCAGCAGUGUUGGACCAGGCUAAGAUCAGAGUAGACUCGAUGUUGCCUAUCACCGAGGCUUCUGCUGGCCGUGGAAGAGAUGACGAACUCUUGAAAAAAGUUCCGGUUUAUUCUUUAGAAAGACUUACCUUGUAA